CUCAAGGAGCUUAUAUUUUAGUGGGUGGGAAACAGACCAACAUAUAUAAACAUAAUAGGCCAGGCAGUUGUAAUUACCAAGAAGAAGAAUAAAGUUUUAUAAGGGGGUGACAGAGUAAUGAUGAAAGGUGCUGUGUUUUUAUCGUUUGUUUGUUUUCCCUAAUAGAUGCAUUAGGAAAAGGCUCCCUGAGAUACGAAGGAAAUAAGGGAACAAGCCACAUGGCUAUCAGGGGAGAUCAAGGAGACUAAACUGACUGGAAAGGGAGUUUAUGGGAGAGUAUUGGGAGAUAUAAAGUCAGAUGGUAGUGGGCCAGAUUAUGUAGGGCCUUAUAGGCUAUGAUAAAGACUUGCAGUGCUGUUCUGGUUACUAUUGCUGUGCAACAAGUUAGUUACCCCAAAACUUAGUAACUUAAAACAGCUGUUUUAUUACGCUCUUGGAUUCUGUGGGUCAGUAAUUCAUUCAGGUUGGGCACAGUGGUGAUUGCUUGUUUCUGCUCUAGUGAAUGGCGCUGUAGCUGGGAAGAUGCAGAAGUGGGGAAGAUGUAUUAGUGGGGGGCUGGAAUCAUCUGAGGGUUCAUUCACUUACAUGUCUGGUGCCCUGGGCUGAGAUGACUUGAAGAGUAGGCCUGUCAACUGAAGUGUCUACAUGUGACUUCUCCCUGAGGCUUUGCUUCUUCACACUAUGGCAGCCUCAAGGUAGUUGUACCUCUUAGAAAGCAGUUCGAACGGUCUCCAGACUUCAGUGUUCCAGAGGAUAAGGCAAAAGCUGCAUUGCUUUUUAUAACCCAGUGGCAGAAGUCACCCAACAUCACUUCUGCUAUACUCUACAGGUUGAAGCAGUCAUAAACCCACCUAGAUUCAAGGGAAGGGGACACAGAUUCCCCACCACCACCACCACCAGCUCUUGAUAUGAGGAAUUUCAAAGAAUUUGGGGUGACAGUGUUUGUAAACCACUACAGAUGCCAUUAAAAAGCAUUUUGAGCAGAGGAGUGAUAUGAUCUCAAUUAAAUUUUAGAAAGAUCACUCUUGUUUCUCUGUGGAACAUAGACUGAGAAGGGCAAGAGCAGAAGCAGAGUUUAAAAAAGUUACAAUAGUCUGGGCAGGAGAUGACAAUAGCUUGGACUAGAAUAAUAACAUGACAGUGGUGAUAAGAUGUCAGAUUUGAAAUAUAUUUGGAAAGGAGUACUGACAGAAUUUACAGAUGGAAUGCAUGUAGGGUGUGAGAAAGAGAAACCAAGAAUGACUCCAAAGAGUUUGAUUUAAGCAAUUGGUUGAAUGGCGGUGUCGUUUACUGAGGUGGGAAGCACUAGGGGAAGAAAAAGUUUUUAUCCCAGGAGUUCAGAAAUUCAGUUUUGGACAUAAGUUCAUAAAAUGCCUGUUAGACAUCCAAAUGGAGAUAACAGUUAGGCAGUUGAAUAUAUAAAGAGAAUUUUAGAGGAGAGGUGAGGUCCAGGAAUAUAAAUUUUGGAAUUAGCAUAUAGUUGCUCUUUAAAGCCAUAGGAAUAUAUGAGAUUAUGUAGAGAGUGAGUGCAAAUAAAGAAAAGGUACAUGAUUGAGCCGAAGGGCAUGCAUACAGUUAGAAUUAGGAAUAUCAGUAGAAACUAGUGAAGGGGAGAGUAAGAAUAAAUGGUCAUGAAGACAUACAGAUGGGGAAGUUCCCUGGAGGCCUAAUGGUUAGGAUUCUGGUCUUUCACUGCUGUGGCAUGGGUUCAUUUCCCUGGUUGGGGAACUGAGACGUGCGGCCAAAAAAAAAAAAAGACAUUACAGAUGGCCAACAGGUACAUGAAAAGGUGUUCAUCAUCACUAAUCAUCAAGGAAAUGCAAAUCAAAACCACAGUGAGGGUUUCCCUGGUGACGCAGUGGUUAAGAAUCCGCCUGCCAAUGCAGGGGACACGGAUUCGAGCCCUGGUCCAGGAAGAUCCCACAUGCCUUGGAGCAACUAAGCCCGUGCGCCACAACUACUGAGCCUGCGCUCUAGAGCCCACAAGCCACAACUACUGAGCCCUCAUGCCACAACUACUGAAGCCCACAAGCCUAGAGCCCGUGCUCCGCAACAAGAGAAGCCACCACAGUGAGAAGCCCGCGCGCCGCAACGAAGAGUAGCCCCCGCUCGCCGCAACUAGAGAAAGCCCACGCAGAGCAACGAAGACCCAACACAACCAAAAAUAAAUUAAAAACAAAAAAACCCCAAAAAAAUAACAGUGAGUUAUCUCCUCACACUUGUUAGAAUGGCUGUUAUCAAAAAGACAAGAAGUUAGUGUUGGCGAGGAUGGGGAAGUGGGAAUCCUUGUGCACGGUUGGUGGUAAUGUAAAUUGGUGCAGCCAUUUUGAAAAACAGUAUGGAGGUUCCUCAAAAAAAUUAAAACUAGAACUACCAUAUGAUCCAACAGCUCCACUUGUGGAUAUUUAUCUAAAGGAAACAAAAACACUAACUUGAAAAGAUAAUGUACCUUCAUGUUUUUUGUGGCAGUAUUUACAAUAGCCAAGACAUGGAAGCAACCUGAGUGUCCAUCAGUGGAUGAAUAGGAUGGAUAGAAUGACAGAGGAUGCUCUUCGCCUGAAUCUGUUGAAGCGGAGCUUGGACCCAGCUGAUGAGCGAGAUGAUGUCCUGGCUAAGCGACUCAAAAUGGAGGGGCAUGAGGCCAUGGAACGUCUGAAAAUGUUGGCACUGCUCAAACGGAAGGAUUUGGCAAAUCUUGAAGUGCCACAUGAGUUACCCACCAAACAGGAUGGCAGUGGUGUCAAGGGCUAUGAAGAGAAGCUCAAUGGGAAUCUCAGGCCUCAUGGAGACAACAGGACUGCUGGAAGGCCAGGCAAAGAAAACAUCAAUGAUGAGCCUGUGGAUAUGAGUGCUAGACGGAGUGAGCCAGACCGAGGAAGGCUUACUCCCUCCCCAGACAUCAUUGUUUUGUCUGAUAAUGAGGCUUCCAGUCCCCGUUCCAGCUCCCGAAUGGAAGAAAGACUCAAAGCAGCCAACCUAGAGAUGUUUAAGGGGAAAGGCAUUGAGGAACGGCAGCAGCUCAUCAAGCAGCUGAGAGAUGAGCUGAGAUUGGAAGAAGCCCGACUGGUGCUGUUAAAGAAACUGAGACAGAGUCAGCUACAGAAAGAGAAUGUCGUCCAGAAGACUCCAGUUGUACAGAAUGCAGCAUCUAUUGUUCAGCCAUCUCCUGCCCAUGUGGGACAGCAAGGCCUCUCCAAGCUUCCAUCCCGGCCUGGGGCACAAGGGGUUGAACAGAAUUUGAGGACAUUGCAGGGUCACAGUGUUAUCCGUUCAGCGACCAAUACCACCCUCCCACACAUGUUAAUGUCUCAACGUGUGAUUGCGCCAAACCCAGCCCAGCUACAGGGUCAGCGGGGCCCACCUAAGCCUGGCCUUGUACGCACCACAACACCCAAUAUGAAUCCCGCCAUCAAUUACCAACCGCAGUCAAGUUCUUCUGUUCCCUGUCAGCGUACAACAUCCUCUGCCAUCUAUAUGAACCUUGCCUCCCAUAUUCAGCCAGGGACCGUGAACAGGGUGUCCUCACCACUUCCUAGCCCCAGCGCCAUGACUGAUGCUGCCAACUCACAGGCUGCAGCCAAAUUGGCUCUUCGCAAACAGCUGGAAAAGACACUCCUGGAGAUUCCACCCCCUAAACCACCUGCUCCCUUGCUUCAUUUCCUGCCUAGUGCAGCCAAUAGUGAGUUCAUCUACAUGGUAGGCUUGGAAGAAGUCGUACAGAGUGUCAUCGACAGCCAAGGGAAAAGCUGUGCCUCACUCCUGCGGGUUGAACCCUUUGUUUGUGCCCAGUGCCGCACAGAUUUCACCCCUCACUGGAAGCAAGAAAAGAAUGGUAAGAUUCUAUGUGAGCAAUGUAUGACCUCCAACCAGAAGAAGGCUCUAAAGGCAGAACACACCAACCGACUGAAAAAUGCUUUUGUUAAAGCCCUACAGCAGGAACAGGAAAUUGAACAGCGAUUACAGCAGCAGGCAGCACUCUCCCCCACUACGGCUCCAGCUGUGUCCAGUGUCAGUAAACAAGAGACCAUAAUGAGACAUCAUACGCUUCGACAGGCUCCACAGCCCCAAAGCAGUCUCCAGCGUGGUAUACCCACGUCUGCCCGUUCCAUGCUUUCCAACUUUGCACAGGCACCCCAGCUGUCUGUGCCAGGUGGCCUCCUUGGUAUGCCAGGUGUCAACAUUGCAUACUUGAACACUGGUAUUGGAGGACACAAAGCCCCCAGUCUGGCAGACCGACAGCGGGAAUACCUUUUAGACAUGAUCCCUCCCCGGUCUAUAUCGCAGUCCAUCAGUGGACAGAAAUAACGCCUGUUCCACUUGUACUGCCCCAACCUUGUAUCCUUUACUCCUCUCCUCUCCCAUUGCCCCCAACUUCCGUCGCAUGCAGUGCCUGUACUGGUGCCUACCAUACACGGAAAACAAAACAGAAAAACAGAAGACAAACAGUAGAAAUCAACAAGAAAACACACGCCCUGCCCCACCACCUCCUCUUUAUUUCACACUGCUGCGAUCUGUUCUUCUGCCACUUUCUCUCUUCAGUUUUCUAUAACAGUGAGGUGGAUCUUUGCCUCUGAUAGAGGUCAGAAUGAGGUCCUGGGGAGAAAUCCAAGCCCUCUGACGUGUGUUUCUAAAGUUUGUUUUUAUGCUUUAAUUAUUAUUAUCAUUUUUAAUGAUGUUGUGUGUCGUCCCUUUGUUCAGUGGACGGUUAAACCUUUCUAUUUUCCCCCCAAUAUUUUUUUUUUUCUCUUUCGUCUUUUUUUUUUUUUUGGUAAACACAAAUGAUAUUCAGUUAAGUGAUAGGAGCAUUGCAGUAGGGUCCCCAACUGCCAAGUAGGACAUGACUGGGAGUGUUAGGGGCAGAAGUUUUUAAUGCACUUAACCCCAGGGUCAGGGGGAGGUGGUGGCAUCAAACAAGGAGGAAUAGCACACCCGCUCUGGGGUGUCUCUGAGCUGCACAGUUCUGGAGGCAGUGUUGAGUAUUGAAGUUGGGCUCUAAGAAUGAGGGGAAAGAGCCUGGAAGGAGAAGCUUUAAAACUUAACCACCCUAGAAUUGACCCAUAAAGAAGGGGGAGAAAGGGGCGUGACAAUGAGCAUAAUGUUGAGCCAAGGAGGACUGAGACCAGGUCCUGGCCUUCUGGAUGCUGGGGGAAUGAGAUUGGUCUCCUGACCCCAGUGGAGACACAGGAGUCUAUUCCAGGCCAACUAGCCCCAAAUUAUUUCAUCUUAUUUUCUUUGUAAAAUUCUCCCCCAUCCCUGUCUCUUUUCUUUUCUUUUCUUUUUUUAAAUCCUAAUCUGCCCUUGGUAACCACAGCCCCAUCUGUAAUAUAGAGGAGUGGCUAUUCCUAGCCUGACUUUGCUGUGUGUCCUGGACAUUGGAUGGACAUGAGUGAGUGAAAUGUCAAAGGGAGGAAAUAGAGGAAGAAAGAAAGAGGGGUUUCCCUCCCAACAGUUGCGACUUUCCCAUUUGUCUCUUUACCUUCUGAGCGCCAGGAGAUGAGGGUGAGGGCACCUAACAGAUUGGAGCGCUGCCCUGACCCUGCUGCACUAACUGCAGAGCCAACCGCUCAAAGCCAGACAAUUCAUGUCAAAACCAAUCCUGGACUUGUGCUAUACAAGUAGAUGUUGUCUUUUUUCUCCCCAGAAUUCUAUAAAUUUUGCUUUUUUGUUUGUUUUUAUUUUUUUCUUAAGUGCUACUAAUGUAGAGAAUGAAUUGAAUUGUGCAAUGUUGCUGUUCUGGGGAUUGGGGAGAUUAGCAUCCCAUUUGCCCAUACUGUGGGGGAAGGGGGAGGGGACCAGGCUGUUUUUGAGGUAAGGGAAGCCCCUUAAAGGUAGAGGUUUCUGCUCUCCUCAUAGUGUAUGCCCACCUGCCUCUCCAGCCGUAGAAGCUGCCAGAGUUCAAGGAAGGGAUACUCUCAGCAAAGAGGUAUGAAGAGAGGAGUUUAACAUUUUACCCUUGAAAGCAACCUGGAGAAGAUCCCCCACUUUUAUUUUUAAAAUUAAAUAAUUUUUUAAAGUAAGAAGGCACUUUUAAAAUUAACACACACACAAACUGCACAUCCUCCCCAUAAAGUUUGGGGAGGGGAUGGGAGAAGGAGCUGGAAUCAGGCUCAGUUCCCCCCACACUGGCCUCUACUCCCCAUACUCCAGAGCCACUGUGGGUGAUUAUACUGGCCCUACGGGCCUUCCUGGCUUUUUUUUCUUUCCUCCCUUCCCCCAAAUUCAUUGAGCACUUAAUAAAGGAGCAGAGAUGCAGCCUGUGUCUGGGCUCCCCCAGUGGUGAAAUGAUCUGGAAGCUAGACGCUAGUAACAGGUAGUGAUGGGGUCGUUUCGAGUAUUUUUCUGGGGAAUGUGGAACCCCUGACUGUAAGUGGUGGGAGAGGGAGGGGGGUUAGUGGAACUGGGUCUGGGAUUAUUUUAAAAUUAUAUAUAUAUAUAUAUAAAGAUAUAUUCUUACAUCUCUCCUUUGCCCUCUGUGCUUUGAAAGCACUGGAUAAAUCGUUUGGUUUUGCUUUUCCCUCUUCCACAAAAUUGGAAGCUUUUUAAAAAAUAUUUUCCCUGCAAGUCAUCUUGCCUUGUGGCAUGUCUGUCUAGCUUCUUCCCCCCCCAGCCCCCAUGAUGAAGUGCCAUUUCUGUUAUGUCUCCCCUCCCCCAGCUCAGAGGUGCUCAGAGGUACGAGGUACCCAAGUUUGUCAAUUGAGAUUAAAAGUAAGGAACAGAGAAUGUGCAAUACCGUCUGGCUGGGGGGUGUCCCUGCCCUGAGCUGAGUCCCUUCCCUGGGAGCCAGGCCACCUUUGAAUGGGGCUUGGAAGUAAUAUGUGUCGAGAAUGGGGGAUGAUGGGGAAGGAAAGCCUGUAGUCGAGUGCCUGCCAAGGUGCUGAGGCGAUAGGGGAGAGGAUGGAGUCUUCCCUGUUUUUAUCCCCUCAGGGUCAGUUACACAGAGGCUGCUUGUUGACUAGUAUAGCUCCGUGACCCUUUGCUCAAUCGCUGAGGUUUGAUUUCUUACCCUCUCUUCUCCCCAUUUUCAUACCCUUCCCAGGGAUUAGUGACAGGGGUGAGGUUCCCCUAAUCAUGGUAAAGUAUUAGCCUUCCACCUCCUCCCUUUCCUCCCUCUCCCUCAUCCUUCUGUUUUCCUCAUUUCUCUACUUUUUCACCACUGAUUGCCUUGUGUCCCUCCAAGUCUAUUGUUGCUGUCCAUCCCCAGGCCUUGGGCCCCAUAGACACUAAACCUCAUGCCCUAAAGAUAGGAGGAAAGACCCUCUGUUCAGAGUUAUUUUACCCCUGGAGCAUUGAAGCUCAGGGUGAUACUAGAGUGAGGAUCCCACCAGUUUUGCCUGGCUUCCUCCAUCCCCAGAGGCUUUAAAAGUAGUAGUAGUUUAUGGACAGUGGCUUACUCUCUAGAAGCCUGAUAUGGGUGGAUAAGCAGUAAGGCUUGGGUAAAACUGAGGGACAGAGGUCCUUAUUGGGUUUUUUUUUUCUUUUUUUUUUUGUCAUUUGACCACAGCAUCUGGACUUCUUUCAUCCCUGGAAUAAGUACUUUUUCCACAUUUUUUGGAUGUAUGUAUGGUAGACAAUUUUUUUUUUAAGACACAGAGAUAAAUGUUUUCCUGCUUUGGUUACCUUUCCUUUCCCCUUUAAAAGGAAUUAGCUAUAGAACUGCUUUGUAAAGAUGCUUCUUGAUAUUUUACUUUUGUUCCUUUUCCCCAACCACUCCCUUUUCUCCCCACUUCUCCAGAAGGCAUAACCUUCUCUCCACACCCCACACCCCAGUCCUAGGCUCCCUUCCCCUCCAACAAGACCUUCAUUAGCUUAUGAUAUUUGCUGCCGAGAUGUUAUAACAAGGACUCAUUCGUGUAUAUAAGCUAUUUCUUGAUCCAUUUAAAAGGAAUUGUACAUUGUGUAGAAAAAAAAAAAACUGAAAAAGAGAAAAAAAAGCCCUAGCCAUGGAUAUUGUGAAACUGUGUUAUGUCAUUUUGUAAUGUGCCCGUUUGUGUAUGAUCCGUGCAAAAGGGUUUCUGGGGAAGGGGCGGGGGUAGGGAGGCAGGGCUGUGGAGGGUGGGUAGGGGAGUGGGCCGGGCCCAGCACACUGAGACUGGCAGCUGCCCCAACCCCAUCCCUCCUUAGAGAUGCCACCUCCCCCACCACCCACCCCUAAUUUGUGCCUUGCCUCCCCACCCUGGAGUAGUCCCUCCGGGUCACCAGCACUGCCUUGGCAGAGCCCACUCCCUACCCUAACCUGCCCACCCUCCCUACCCCCCAGCAUUAGGUUGAUACUGUGGGGAAGUGCUGGGGGUUGGGAGGUAGCCGAGGAAUGGGGCAGUUCCCGGGGGCAUUGAAACCAAGUAUUAUUAUGAAUUGUAAUUGUAUUUGCACUGUUUUUUUUCCUCUGAUUGCAUCAGCAUAUAUACAAUAUACCUAUAUAACAAAAUUCAGUGUCAAGCUUUCUUAUGCAAGGGAUUUCCUCCAACCCCAAAAAAGAAGCUAGUUUCAUGGGCCUUUGAGGGUGGAUUGUCAUGGGAUGAUAGAAAUGAUUUUAACAAGUCAUCCUAAGAAAGUCUCCCCUAGGGAGAGCCAUAUCCAUCUUUGUAAAUUGGGGUGAGGUUGGGUUACUACAAAAGCUAAGGCUCUUAGUCCGGACUGUGGAGAGUAAAGAGAACCACAACACAAAGGGAGGUGGGUGGUGGCACAGUCUGGAGACCUGGGGUUUAGUCCCAAGCUUUCCUACUAACUUGCUAUGUGACCUUUGGUAGAGUUAAUUUUCUGGGUCUCAGUUUUCUUAUUUGUGAAGUGAUGGCAGACAGGGGGAGAUCAUCUGGCCACCAAGUUUAAAAUGCUUCCUUUCCCACCUACAAAACAACUUGAGGUGAGGAAAGUGUUGGGCUGAAAACCCAUGGAGGAAACCAAAG